GGGCGGGGAAAGGCGUUGAACUCUUCAUGACAGCUCUAUGCGGGGCCCCACAAGGAAGCCUCGGCCCUGAGUUAGUGUUGGCCCCGCGCUUCCGCUCGCCGCCCCGCCGUUCAACCCUCGAAGAGGCAAGGAGCCCCCUGCAGAGACCCGAGGCCCCUCGGCAAAUGCUGCCUCUUUCUGUUCACCCUGGAGUGUUUUGGCUGUAGAAAUGACCGGAGCUGUUCUUCUGCUGCAAAGAGCUUGGAGAAACCCCAGCUGCAAAUGUCUAGUAGAAACCUCUGGCUUGGCCGAGUGAAUCAUGGGUCUGCCCCUCGCGGUGCUCCCAGCACCCUCAAGAGGCUCUCGAGGUGCACCUGGCUGAGGGUCGCCGUCCUCCAGCUUGGCGGUGUUUUGCACACUCAAUAGGGCGGUGCAGUUGACGCUCUUGUGAGGUGGUUGUCCUAGGGUCUUUGUGGUCGAAAACCACGUGUCUAGUUCUCUACCUUUAUUCGGAAAGUCUCAGCGAAUGGAUUAUUCUGAUGCUACCACUUGAGGUGCGAUGGAGAUACAGCACUGUGGCGUGCCUGCCUCCCGUCUGAGUAACCAUGGGGCCAGGAGCAGUGGAGAUGGGAUGGUAAACUAGUCACGUGUGAGCCCUUUACGAGUGCCACUCCUGAUGUCUCGAAUCCAAAAUCAGCUAAAAUUUGAGAUCUUCUACAAAAGACUAGAACUCUUGGUUCCAAAAUGAUGCUUUUUUACCAUCUUGUACCAUCUAUACUUUUCCCAGAGCCUGACAAAGGGACUUUGAUCCCAAAAGCUUGCAGAAAAGGGCAGUUUUCUUGCAGUUUCCCAGUUGGUCUAAUAAAGAGUAUUUUGGAACCAAGGAUUCUAGUUUUUUGUCUGACUCCUGAUGUCAGUGCUUCUAUGCAGCUGAUGGUUGCACAGCUGCUCUUCACCCUUGGCUAGAAAAACCAUGUGAUGAUGAAGCAGACUGAAUGGGUAAUGAACCAGGCCUCAUGUGGACAGGGAAAGCCAGGGUGAAACAAUUAAAGCUUUAGGUAUGCAAUAGAUGCACAUAUCUGUUGGAUUGCUUUGCUUUUCUUGAGGGUUCUGGAAGGAUUCGGCGCUCCUUGGAUAAUCUUGUGCAUUGCCAAAGGGACCAGGGUUUGACUUCUGGGUAUGUAAAGGUUGUGGUGGUGAGGUACACAGAGCAUAGAAAAAAACCCUCCCUGACUGAGGGGUGAGGGCUGGACUGGAGGAGGAAAACUUCUUAACCAAAAAUUAAGAGUGGGAAAGAGAACAGUUCUGUUCCACCAGCUAUAUUAUUUUUCUGGCGGGUUUCUUUAUUUUUUUCCUGUUGUGUUAAAUGGAGAACUUGUAAAAUGUACUGAUCCUUUGCUACCCUAUUUCACAGUCCACUGUUACCUGUGGGUCUGUUACCAUCACUGCUUGCAAGGCUCUUAAACCACUGUAAGUAGGUAAUAGAGAGGGUUUUAUCCCCCUUAAUAUAUUACCUUGCCUUAUCCUGAGUAUAAACUCAUUUCUAAGUUGAACAAUUAAAUGCAAUUAGACAAUCCAAGAAAAAAUGAAUUUAUGUUCUCACUGGUUUUCCAGUAAUCGGUGAAUGUGUCAUCUCAACUGCUGUAACUCUAUAAAUUGAAAGAUUGUUUUUCCUUUCUUCAUUUUGUGCUUUUUGAUUGAAAAUUAUGUAUAGUCAGUGUCUUAGUUCCCUCUGGGUGUGGCUUUUUUUUAAAUGCAGGAACAAAGUUAUGUAAGACAUGGUAAAAACAGUAAAAUUGAUUCAGAAGCAGGCAUUAUAUCUAAAAGUACUCUUAACUGCCUUUAAGAAACUGAUUCUAUAACAAGUACCUAUUAUCCCUUGUACAAGUGCAAUGGAAAAUGGCUUUUAAACUGUACAAAAAUAAUUUAUUAAUCGAUUUAUCUUUCUUUAGUAUCUGAUUUCUUAAACCUUUUUCUAUAGUUUACAAACCCUCAGAAAAAAAUCAUAAAAGAAUUGUGUGCACACAAGUUGCACAGAAGCCAGACUGCAUUGUUUCACUUAAACAAAAAACAAAACAAACUUCUCACUUUGUGCGAGGUCUCUUAAUAGACGGAAAGCAGAGAGAUCCUAUUGAAAUUGGUAAACAUCCACGUUUGUUUCUCUGAUCCACAAAAAGCAUGAAACAAUAAGAGAAAAAAAUUAAUUGAAAAAUGUACUGUAGUGUUUUGACUUGUUAUAUUUUGUACAUACUAGAAAUAUAUGCCUUUUGAAGUUUGUAAAGGUUUCUAACAAGCAAGCAUGCUUCCUGUUAACUAAUUCCGAUUACAAAAUUUACCAAUAUGCAAAUUUAUAACUUACAAGCAUGGCAAGUGUUUGUCUUUUCUGUUAGAUCAUUGUUUCAAUUACAAAUUAAGUUCUGUAGCUCAUUGGUCCUGAACACAGAUGGGGGGCAUAUUUAGCUCGUUGUUCUGGCAUUUGAUACAAGGAUCUUUUAUAAAUGGAAUUCUUUUGGCCCACGUCUUGCAUGCUAUUGUGCUUCCUGUUCAGGAGACUUAACUGUUUCUGCAUUAGCGUUCUGUUUUGUGUAUAAUAUACUGGCAGCAUAAAAGCUUGCAGAUGAAUUCUGAAAAUAAUCAUUUUACUUUUCUUCUAAACUGAUAACUUUCUCUUGUCAUCAUAUUGCAAAAUAUCUAUAACCAGAAGUGUAGUGGCAGCUAUUGUUCAGAUAUCAGUAAAUGAGUUGCACUUCUUAUUUAAAGAUACUUUAAUCACAUUUUAGAGAUCAUUACUUUAAACUGUUUUAGGUUGCAAGAAUAAUUUGCUGAUUCUAGACUUUGCUAAAGUUUUUUGCUUCUGCAAGUUGGUCUGUACAGCCCCUUAAUUUCAUUCAGACUGCAUCAGUGCACAAGUUCAUCCAUGCAAAACAGUUUUCCGAGAUGAAGCUUAAAACUGCCCAUGUGGGAAAUACUAAGUAACAUCACCCUUCCUCCAAUAAAUGUACACCAUGGAAGAAAGCACGGAGUAGAAGUAGAACUUUUAUUUAGUUUUCCUUAAUGAAGAACUCUAGCUGUCUUCUCUCAAUACAAAUAGGUUGAUUUGGCAGAAACGAGUCCUGGAGUUGGAGGUUGCAGGACAUGUUCAAGCACCUAUUAAUUGAAGAUGUCUCAGGAGCAUCUCUGAAUAGUGUGGUAGAAAUGGGCUCUUAUUGGGGCAUUGACACCAUCCUCAUUUUAUCUGAUUCUCGUUAAGUGUGGUGCUUCAAAACACAAAGUACAGCUAAUACUAGGAUUUGGCAUUUAUUUGGUACGAUUUUUUUUGUUUAAAAAAAAUCUUUCAUAGCAGGAUACCCAUACUAGACACAAAAUAAACUUUUGAAUUAUUAUUCAGUUAUGCCAGUUAAUAUAGUUGUAAUGUAGCUCCUUGUUCCGUGAAAGAGAAUCUCUUGGAAAUCUCACAGUAUGGCAACUGUCUCUUGCUUUACUUGGCAGUUUUAGUCUGUAUGCAAAAUUGUCUGCAUGAUGCUGUGAAGGGCUGCUCAUCACAAGGCUUUAUUUGUACUGUAUGAGUCAGUUUGGCCUAAUGGACUAGACACUGGACUUGGACUCGGGGGAAAUAUGGAUUCUACAGCUGGCUCUGCCACUGGUCCAUUUGGUAAUUUGGACAAGGUCUUUCAGGUAUCUCAGUUUGCUCGUGUUAGAUGACAGUAAUUAAACUGACUGUCUUUGAGAUCAAUGCAUGAAAAUGGCUAUAUAAGAGAAAUAUGUAUGAGGUAUAAAAGUCUUAUAAACAGCAGAUAACAUGGUGCAAGGUCAGGUUUAGUGUUUAUUACCCAGCUAUUAAAAGUGCCCUGUAGUAUUUUUGUGUAUGUUUUGGGUAUGUGUCUUAGACUGUACCACCAUUUUGUUUAGUGGCGGUGGUAUAAUGAUUGCUAAAAACUAAGGGCACUUUUAUACGUGCUGCAGGGUGGGCGGCAGGGGCAGUGCUUUUAUUAGGGCGGCUUCAAGAGCUGCUCUAAUUAAAGUGCCACCAUGUCUUCUGUAUCAGCAUCCCUGAACUUAAAAAUGGCAGCAGGGAUGCUUGACCAAGAGCUCUUUCAAUGAGUUUUAGUUCAAGCACCCUGCUGCGAUUUUUUUUUUUUAAGCGCAAGGGCACUGAUACACGAGAUGCAGGAGGCUGCUAGAGCAUGGCAGUUGCCACGCUCCAAUUGACUUGAUUAAUCGAGUCUGCUCCAACAAGCUGGAAUUCCAGCAUGUCAGAGCAGCCUUGGCGCUCAUGUAUAGACAUCCUAAAAGUUUAAAUAUGCAUUCAUAGGAAGGCUUAGUCAAAAGGUCAGGAUGUCUUUUUCCUUAGCCACUUUGGCCUGUGUUCUCUCUCUCUCUGCUUUUUUGGGGUAGAUGACUUCUGCUGCCCAUGACUAUGGGCUUAAGCACUUCUCUGUAAUUGUUCUUUGGACUGAGGUGUUAUUUCCUAGAAAAGAAACGCUUCCACUUAAAUCUGUGGCAGACAUUACACUUAAGAUGCAACUGACCUGUUAAUUGUGCCUUAACUAGUAACCCAGUCGCAUGUUCAGGCAAUUAACAGUGCCACAGAAUGUGGAACCAGCCACACAAUUAAUUAUUCUACAAAAUGUGUCUAAUAAUGUUGUGGCUGGCUUCCAUUGUGUCUUAAAUUGAUGCUGCAUGCAUAGCUUCCCCAGCCCCAGAACCACACUGAAGUCUCCACCAGCUGCGGUGUGGUCCCAAGGCUAGGACCAAAAAUAGGCUUGUGGCAGAGCACAGGGUGUCUCUGCCACUUUAAGGGCCUGGAGCUGGCAGCCUCCAGGUGCCUGAUUGCGGCAGCCAUUCUGAGGCCUAUAUAAACCAGGCAGUUUGGCUGCAGGAGGUCAGGCAGCAACAUCGCCUGGCCGUAGGGCUGCUGUAAAUGACCCGGAGGUUUUCCUUACUCCUCCUUAAUCUGGAAGAAUAUUACUUUGAACAGCAUACAGCUAAUCAUAUAAACAAAGGCUGUAGAGGUGAAAGGCAAAUAAGAGGUUCACUAAAAAUCUGUUCAAAGUCAAUUAUUUUUGAACCUGAUGACAAUAUCCACCCUAUUAUUAAAAUACCAUUGAGAGACUGUCUUAGUAUAGAAGCACCAGAAGACAAUGAAGCAAAUAAGCAUUUUGCAAGGGAGAUACCUGGAGGGAUUUUUAUCACAUCUAAUCAGGUUCAUCUAAUUAAAGAACGAAACAUUAUUGCACCGUACAAAACUGAAAGAGGUAAAAAUGAAUACUUCUUUCAGUUGGAUGUUGCUGGGAAGGUGGAAGAUGUUAUACAGACUCUGCUUCAGCUUUACAGGGCUUCUCAUCUGGAUGAACUGGGAGAUCAGGCUGCCAUGAUAACUGCUAUAUUGCAGUCACGUUUGGCUAGAACAUCAUUUGAUAAGAACAGAUUUCAGAGCAUUUCUGAAACGUUACAUAUGGAAUGUGAAGCAGAAAUGGUGACGCCAUUAGUGACUAAUCCAGGUCAUGUGUGUGUCACUGAUGCAAACCUGUAUUUCCAACCUCUCAAUGGGUAUCCAAAACCUGUGGUGCAAAUAACAUUGUACAAUGUCCGUCGCAUCUAUAAAAGACGACAUGGUCUAAUGCCAGUGGGACUAGAAGUAUUUUGCACAGAAAAUGACCUCUGUUCUGACAUCUACUUAAAAUUCUACAACCCUCAAGAUCGAGAUGAGCUGUAUUUCUAUAUUGCAACGUAUUUAGAAAACCAUAUUGCAGAACACACAGCUGAAAGUUACAUGUUACAAUGGCAGCGAGGGCAUAUUUCAAAUUACCAAUAUCUUCUUCAUCUGAACAAUCUAGCUGAUCGGAGCUGCAAUGAUCUAUCUCAGUAUCCUGUAUUUCCUUGGAUUGUAGCAGAUUAUUCUAGUUCAGAAUUAGAUUUGACAAAGCCUGAAACAUUCCGGGACCUUAGUAAACCAAUUGGUGCGUUGAAUAAGGAAAGGCUAGAAAGAUUACUGACACGUUAUCGGGAAAUGCCAGAGCCAAAAUUUAUGUAUGGCAGCCACUACUCCUCUCCAGGUUAUGUUCUGUUUUAUCUUGUCAGAGUUGCACCAGAGUACAUGCUUUGUUUACAAAAUGGAAAGUUUGACCAUGCUGAUAGAACGUUCAACAGUAUUGCAGAAACCUGGAAAAACUGUUUGGAUGGUGCAACAGACUUCAAAGAACUGAUUCCAGAAUUUUAUGAAAAUGAUUCCAGUUUUCUAGUAAAUGGUUUGAAGCUGGAUUUGGGCAAAAGACAGGGAGGAAAGAUGGUUGAAGAUGUAGAACUUCCUCCAUGGGCAUCAGAUCCUGAUGACUUUCUUCAGAAGAGCCAAGAUGCUUUAGAAAGCCAGCAUGUGUCAGAACAUCUUCAUGAAUGGAUAGACUUAAUAUUUGGCUGCAAGCAAAAAGGAAGUGAAGCUAUUGCAGCUCACAAUGUGUUUCAUCCAUUAACCUAUGAAGGAGGAGUUGAUUUGAACAGCAUUAUGGACCCAAAUGAGAAAGUAGCUCUGCUGACACAAAUCUUAGAGUUUGGACAGACACCAAAACAAUUGUUUACAGUUCCUCAUCCCCACAGAAUAAUACCAAAGUUCAAAAGCUUGUCUCGAACUUCUAGUCACUCUGUUUCCAUAACUGAUUCUCCAGUUUCUCCAGGUGAAGAAUCUUUUGAAGAUUUGACAGAAGAAAGCAUAACACUUGCAUGGAACAGUAUUGCCAAAUUAAAAUUAGAUGAGCAACAUAAAAUUCACAAAGAGGCAAUUACUGGAAUAGCAGUCUCUUUCAAUGGGUCUUCAGUAUUUACUACAUCUCAAGAUUCAACUUUGAAGAUGUUUUCUAAAGAAACAAAAACGCUUCAGAGAAGUGUAUCGUUUUCAAAUAUGGCCUUGUCAUCUUGUUUGAUCUUGCCUGGUGAUACAACUGUCAUAUGUUCUUCAUGGGACAAUCACAUCUAUUUUUAUUCAAUUGCAUUUGGAAGACAGCAAGAUGUUCUAAUGGGACAUGAUGAUGCUGUCAGCAAGAUACGUUGGCAUGAUGAUCGCUUAUAUUCUGCAUCUUGGGACUCCACUGUGAAGGUGUGGCAGUGUGUUCCUGCAGAGAUCUUGGGCACUAGGCGACAUAGUUUUGAAUUGCUUGCUGAGUUAGAGCAUGAUGUUAGUGUAAAUACAAUCAACACAAAUGCUGCAAAUACAUUGCUGGUGUCCGGAACCAAAGAAGGCACUAUUAGUAUAUGGGAUGUUACUUCCACUACUGUGUUGCACCAACUUGCAUGUCAUUCAGGGACCGUGUAUGAUGCUGCUUUUAGUCCUGAUAGCAGACAUCUGCUCAGCACAGGAGAAGAUGGCUGUUUUAAAGUUAUAGAUGUACAAACUGGAACGCUUAUCUCUUCUUUGAGUUCUGACCAGCCACAAAGGUGCUUCAAAUGGGAUGGAAAUACAGUCCUGUCAGGAAGCCAGUCUGGUGAAUUACUGGUUUGGGACCUUCUCGAAGGAAAAGUUAUUGAAAAAUUCAAAGGGCAUGCAGGUGCUGUAACAUCUAUGUGGAUGAAUGAGCAAUGCAACAGUGUGAUCACGGGAGGGGAAGACAGACAAAUCGUGCUCUGGAAACUGCAGUACUAAGUGCCUUUCCCUCCAGCUACUUAAACAAAUGCUUUCAAGUUAUAUUUUUAAACCAAACUUUUUAAAGGAACUUACCCAUGUGCAAUGAUGGCUACUGAAGUUUAACCAAACAAAGCUCUGUUCAGCUAAGGAUUUCUAGUUCAUGGUGACUUCAUUAGAAGUUCUUAAAUGCUUAUUAUAAUUUCCAUUCUGUACUUAUUGGUUUUUCAUGAUGGCUGUCAUAUAUCUCAGAUUAAAUGCCUGUGUCUGUAUCCUGAGAUGCAAUUAAAGAUGUAUUUUCUGUAAUUAAAGAAAUCUUAACUUGCAGUCAUUGUGACCUAACUGAAAUGUAUUGAAUACCAUAUGCAUUUUUUAAACAAAAAAAGAUGCUCCGUUUUCAGCAAGGACCACAUUAAUAAAUACGUGGUGCAUCAUUCAAUUGAAAAUGUCUACCAGAUACUCUUUCAUGGAUCUGCUAAGUUCUCUACAAACUUGUUAGGAUGAAAUAAAGAUCAGGGUGGGUAUUUUUCUUCUACUGGGCCUACUCUCCAUUGUAGAACUUGCAACUUCUUGCUUUUUAACGGGAGGUGCAGUAGGAAUCCUUACUCAUAAGCACAAAAUGCAGCUCUGUCGAGAUAGUAGCUGCUACAUUUUAAUGGCGUCUGGGACAAAGUGCUCCAUGACUAGAGUUAUUUACAUGGAGGGGAACACCAUGCAGUUUUGGGAACUAAGGAGAAGGUUAUUUACCAGCAAAGCACUCCUAGACUUGCAACUUGUACCUCCUUAGUUCAAAACUGAGGAAUUGCCUUGAAAAGCAGUAUUAGUUUCUGCAUGGAAGGGGGGCAUUCUCUCAUGUACAUUCUUUCAUGAAAGGAUGUCAUCGUCAGCUUACUCUUUGCACCCCAGCAGGAGGUGACGCCUGGAAUUCUGGGGUAGAUUGGAAGGUGGGCAGGAAGUGCAACUGCGGAGGUAUCUUUUGAUUCAUCAAGGGAUUAAUCCCAAAGUAGCCAGUUGUUACUCCACUUAAUGUAUGCUUUAUUGAUGCUGCAUAAGACUGUGUGACAGUGACUAAGAAUUAGCACUAAAAUAAGUAAAUGUUUCUCAGAAGACUGCAUUUUACCCAAGCUGUGACCUUUUGUUGAUUGAUUUGGUUGACUGAAUGAAAUCUGAGCUUGGCAAACAAGUUUAUCUUCAACUGGCAGUGAUUGUACUUAAUGAUGUCCUAAUGUAUCUCUCAGUAGAAUCCUGCACCACUUCUGUGGUUUUGGCCAGACCCAAUGUCAGUUUAAGCAGUCUAUAGUUACUUGGGUCAGCAUGGUUGCACUCUUUUAAGUAUUGGCACAACGUUAGCCUCUUUCUCAGGCUUGCAUCUCCCUGCUCUCAAAGCUUUGGGUACAAGUUAUGCUACAUUGUUACUUAAAUAUUUACCUAUAAUAAAUGAUAAGCUCCCUGCUUA